AUGCUGCAGAAGACGGCGAGUACUUCUAUCAUUCCGAGCAUGGUGUCAGCACCUGGCACAAUCCUGUCGAAGAGUGGCAGACAGAACUGUCGGUUAGACAGCAGGUGCUUCACCGAUGUUUACUGCACGAAAGCCCUCCAAGCAAGGUGCCUGUGCCAUCCUGUGCCAGUGGCUCCUGUUGAUGGCAUAUGCUAG